AUGUCCUCCUGUAAGCCUUAUUCAUCUCCCAUGAUUGUUAAAUCCUCCUCCACUCCCAAUUCUGCUAUUCUUUCUUUAAUCCAUCUUUUUAUCGGUCUAUUGUCGGUGCUCUUCAUUAAACGUCUCUUUCGCUAUCUGAAAGGUACUCUUACUCAUGGUCUUCAGUUCUCUUCUGGUCCUCUUCUUCUUCAUGCCUACUCUGAUUAUGAUUGGGCUAGUGAUUCUCUUGACCGUUGUUCUACUACUGGCUAA